GCCCAGCAGGCGGUGGCGUGCGUUACCCGGCGUGCCCCGCGGCAGAUUGUACACAAUCAUCAUGGCCGCCGCCGCCUCCGCCGCCGCCGAUGGUGCCGAGGAGCCGGGCAUGGAGGCGGAGGCGCAGGAGCUGCCGCUGGGCUGCGGCGGAGAGGGCGGCUCGCCGGCGGCGGGGAGGUCUCCGGAGGGCGAGGAGCGCCGGGAUCCCCCACAGGCGUCUGUCAGCAACGGCGGCGACGCGGAGGGCGGGAAGGAGCUAGUGGAGCUGAAGGUUAUCUGGAACAAGAACAAGUACGACGUGAAGUUUUGCCUGGACAGCACGGGGGCCGAGCUGAAGCAGAAGAUCCACUCGCUCACAGGCCUUCCACCUGCUAUGCAGAAAGUUAUGUUCAAGGGACUUCUACCAGAGGAGAAAACGUUGCGGGAAAUCAAAGUAACAAACGGAGCUAAAAUAAUGGUUGUUGGCUCUACUAUCAAUGAUGUUUUAGCGGUAAAUACGCCCAAAGAAGCCGCUCAACAGGAGGUCAAAGCUGAAGAAAAUAAAAAGGAACCACUUUGCAGACAAAAGCAACACAGGAAAGUAUUGGAUAAAGGAAAACCUGAUGAUGUGAUGCCUUCUGUUAAAGGUGUUCAGGAGCGUCUGCCAACAGUGCCAUUAUCUGGCAUGUACAACAAGUCAGGGGGGAAAGUAAGAUUGACCUUUAAACUUGAGCAAGACCAACUAUGGAUUGGUACAAAAGAGAGAACAGAAAAGUUACCCAUGGGGUCCAUUAAAAAUGUGGUGAGUGAACCUAUUGAAGGACACGAGGAUUAUCACAUGAUGGCAUUUCAGCUGGGCCCAACAGAAGCAUCUUACUACUGGGUCUAUUGGGUACCAACUCAAUAUGUUGAUGCAAUCAAAGACACGGUGCUGGGAAAGUGGCAGUAUUUUUGAAAGCACGCUCACCUCUGGCACAGGAAAAUGACACAAAGCUAAGGACACUGCUGGGAGAGGCCUCCAACGUCCCUGGAUGUGAUAGUCCUGGAACUUAUUAAUAAAAUAUGAUAAACGAGGCAUUGAUGGAAGCCAGAGGUGAUGUUCUUUCACCAUUAGUUUACUUUUAACUUAAAAAUUUCACCAUCCCUUUUCUGCAGUCAGCUUCAACCAUAUUUAAAGCAAAUACAAUGGAAAUCAAUAAAUCUUAAUUCACAAAAUAUUGUGUGUAAUACACUUAAAUCUGCUGAGAGUUGAUCUUCCAAUUUAGUUUUAAAAAGAAAAUAUUACAAUGUAUUAUUGAGGAUUUUUUACAUGGUUUGAACAAAAACGAAUAUUUUCAUAAUCUUUCAGUUAUAAGCGUUAGACUUAAUUUAGUUACUUGGUUGUGACUGAGAAUUUCAGAAACAGUUUUUUAAAAAUAAACUUUAAACAGUAUGCAAAAUUGAUGUUUAGUAAGCCAUAUUCUGCUGGCCCUUUUAUUUCAGGUUUGAAUCUUUGGUAGCAAAACUCUAUUUUUUUUUUUUUUCGUUUAUUUUAUUUUUAACCCAAAGAUGCCCUGCUUUGUUGUUUUGGUUUUUUCCUCUCUUUUUUUUUUUUUUUUUUUUUUCUCCCCCCCAAUACUAGAAGCUGUGGGUUGGCACUCUGUGUAGCAUGUUUGGAGCAGACGAAUACCACUGUGGAUGUUUUGUAAUCGCAAGGACCCAGUGCUGCUUACUGUCCCCUUUCAUGCCACUUGUUCCCCUCCCAGCUGCAUACCUCUCUGCUCCUGUUCUGCCUCCUGCCCCGGAGGUGCUACAUUUUUCGGAGCAUUUCGUUCAUCGUGCAUGUCGCAGUCCAGGAUCAUUUUGCAGCUGUUGCGAUGACACUUCUCUGUUUGACUGAAAAAAGAAAACUGUAGAAUGCGCUGCAGAAUGCUGCCUGGCGUGAGCGGGGUGAAGCAGCGACACAGAUCUCACAAAGGGAGUGAACCAAAGAGACCUUCCUGCUUUGUUUGGGGCUGGGGGGAGCAGGGAAGAGAGAAGCUCGGAUGCCGCUUCGGAUCCUAAAUAACUGCAGUAGUCUUGUGACCUGGAUUGGAAAAUUUAGAGUUCUCUAAUUCAGUGAAUCUUAACCAAAUUUAGGAUGUCUAUCCAGCAACUGAUCUUUUUAAAUUUAAAUCACCUUUCAGCUUUUCUCUUGCUCAAGUUUACAGGAAGUUCUUGCAUCUCGUCCUGUCUGAAAUAAUGCUUCUCGCCUUUGGUUUGUGACAUUCUGCGUGUCAUCUCAGCAGUUCACGUGUCAUUUAUCUCAGGUUUUUCUGAAUGGACCUUUCAGUCCUGAAAAGGUGCACACCCUUAACAGAUUGUAUUGUGCAGUCAGACUGAAUCAGUCUUGCUGGGUGUUAAACCUGCAUCUAACAGAUCGCUGUUCUUUUUUUAACACUGUAGGCUUGAUAUUGCUCAAUGCAAGUAGCUCGACGUUUUGUGAAACUCACGGAGAAACAGCCUUGUAGGAAUAGCUGAUCUUAAUAUAUUCCAUAUCCAUUUUUCACUCUCCUUGAAACAGCCCAGUUGAAACUCGGCAGGUGCAGGUUCCCAAAUGAGUAUUUAUUUUAUUUUUAUUUUAUUUUAGAGACUGGGAAAAGUGUUCACUUUAUGGUAUGUGUUAAGAUUACGUAUUUACCUGUAGACUCUUGAUAGCAACAUAAGCAGCUUUUUGUUUUCUAUUUUCUGUUAGAAAAUUCAUGCAAUAUGAAUUUUAAAGGUGUUUCAUAUCCUACCUAUAAUCUAGUGAUGUGCUUGUUACUCUUGUAGCUUGAGAUACUUCCUUUCUGUAUACAAGUCACCAGCAGUGUGUCUUGACAUAAAUGCAUUGAGAGAGGAGUGCUCCCUGGAACAGCCCCCUUCCGACGCUCAGAGCAAGCGAGUGCAGGUAGUGGAGUUGGCGUGAGUUAAUUGGAGAUGACAUUACAACUGAAACGCGGCUAUCACACUUCUUAUUUCCGACUUGCCAAUCCUGGUGUGGAGGCUUAAUGUUAAAAUUCAGGAUUUGGUGGACAGUCUACGGACUAGCGUGUAAUGAAAAUGGGUGACGUUAGCUUUUUCUGUCACUUGGGGUCACCUUUGCGCUCGCUGUCGUCUUGGUUCUGUGAUUAUCAGCUCCAACUUGCUACUUGACUUGCUUGGACCUGUCUGUGCAACCACUCAUGUUCCAUUUUCCUUUCCCGUUCUUUCGUUUGCUUGCUCCUUGAGAGGACUUGUAUCUUAGUUCCAGCCCCUCUCCAGAGUUCCUGUGGCUUCUGUGCUGGAGGCGGUGACCUGGGUGAGUACGCUCUGCUGCUAGAGCUGAGGGAGGGCAGAUACCCCAUCUGCCGCUGCCGAGGCAAGAAGGGCACUUGGGGCACCGAGUCCAGGGCAGUAUUUAACAUUCCUGUCUGCUCCUUUCCCGAGGGCACGAUUACUCUGCAUCCUGUGCCAGGUACAAUCAAUCAUCUCGAAACUGCGUAGGAAAAACGUUGGUUAGAAAGCAGUCUUAAACAUGGAGAAGAAAAUAGCAUAAACUAAGAAAAUGUGAUCCUACUUAGGUGCUUCUUUUCAAGUUGGAUUUGAUUUGAAAAAUGAAUUUAUUUUUUUUUUUUUUGUUCUGCGUGCAAAGUUUGAAUUAAAAUACAGGAAAGUGAUACUUACAUAAAAUGCUUUGAUUGAUGUUUGUUGGCUUAAUAUAGUAGAUGUCUUAGGAGUUCUUUGAAGUGAAUAUUCCAAUUGAACUUAGCAACACUGCAUUUAAGAUCCGUUCUCUUUUGGAAUGAUGUGGAGCUUUAUCUUCUGGCAUAUACCAAUUUUCCAAGGCAAUUAUUGACAUUAACUAAUGAUCAUCAACAUCUAAGGAAACACCAUCUCUCUAGUUCGAUAGUGUCACAGCUUGCCUAACUGGAGAGCCAUUUGCUAGCCUCUCUCUUGACUUUGGAUUUUACUGUCUGAUACCUGUGAUUGUCUCCAGGGCAGAUUCAGCGUAACGGUUCUGUGGAGGAAUUUGGCAAUUUAGUCCUCAGUAAGACACAAGUGUUGUGAGUAAAGUGCAAAUAUAAUCAGUAUUUUUGGGUUGGCUGACAAAGAUUUUUUGGGGGGGAUCCAACAUGUAAUCUUCCAUAGGAAGUUUUUCGUAAUAUCUGGUGAUUCUUGUGCAAAAGUUUAUUUCGGUUAAAUUACAAUUCAACGAUCUCCUUUCAACAGAGAUCGGUUCCCUAUUGUAUGUGUGUGUAAUUCCCCGUGAACGUUUUGGGGGUCUGAAGUUGCAUGAAGUGCUUUGCUGGAUUUACUAAUUGGGGAUUAAAGCGUCCGUAAGGCAAACGUGAGAUUCCACAGAACAAAGCCGGUGUUUCCCACACCGCCUGGGCAGAGUCCCCCUCCUCGCUGCCGUCCUGUCGGGGGGGCAGUCCUGCUGCACUCCUAGCUCUCCGUACCCCGCUCACUGGCAUCGAGCCUUGCAACUCAGCUAUAUGCCGUUCCUUUCCCUUCUCCAUGCCCAGCACUGUGGGUUUCUUCUUCUCUCCUUGUCCUGAGCUGAGUAUUCCUUCCUUCUCUGUUUGUGCAUCCCAAGCAUAAACAGGUCCUGGAUCGGUAUUGCAUUAGGAAUGCAAAGGUUUAUCACUAAACCUUGCCUGGGUUUGAACGGAGAUUGUAUCUUGCAUGAAAAUCUUGUAUUACUCACAUGUUUUUCAUAUCAACUUUAAAGUAAAUCAUUAAUUCCGUUAAUGACACUGUUUCAUGAGAAAUGUGUAACUAAAAUAAGGAUGUUAUAAUGAUGAAAGAGGAAAAAGUGAUCUGAAUUCAAAGAACUAGGUAAGAAACUGUUAACAUGCAAUACUUUAUAACUGGUAACACGCGCACACAACCUGCUAAAUUUUGUACUUGAUGCAGUUCGUAUCUGUUGCUUCUUCAUACUUUUAAGGGCCAAAGAGAAACAAUUCACUUGCAGUGACACUGUCAAGGUGCCAUAUCGUGGUGGUGUGUUCCGUGCUCUCCCUUUCCCGGCCGCGGUGUUCCCUUACAACCGCAGGCGAUGCAGCCGUGCGGGCACGGGCACAGCAUGGGCACGGGCACAGCGCACUCCCGGCUCCCGCUGCUCCCUCUGCCAACUCAGUGGAGCAAGGUUUGUUUCCAAACUUUCCUUCUUUUGUUUACUUUUUUUUUUUCUUCCUCUGUAACUUGAUUUCUUUUUUUUUUUUUUCCAAUGGAGCUGUUUUCAUCUUUUUGUACUCCAGCCUUUUGCCACCUGUUAGGAUUAGAUUGUUAGCAUCUUGUUUUGUUAAUUAAUGUCCUCAUCACUGGGGGGUGGGAGGAGGGGGACCAGGAGAACUGUAGCGAGUCUUGUGUGAAACAUACAGCCAUUUUACCUUCUAGCCAAGGAUUCACUUUCUGUGGCUCAUGGAAGUUCACUAUGUCUUAUCCAUAUUCAUUCAUUCUUCGGUUUUCUAUUAAAAAAAAAAAGUCUUAGAUGUUUUUGUCCACUGCAGAUUUAUUUUAAAUGGAAUAUGUAAGUACCAUGUAUUAUGGUAUUUUUAAAUAAUCUAUUGCCUAUUUCAGGGGAGGGGGAGAUGACAAAUAUUUAGUCUUAGAUUUGCACUGCUGGAUUUUUUAAGUGUAACCUUGACUGGUUAUCCUAUUGUUUUAUUCUGUAAGAUUAGUCAUAUGA